AGAUGACGUUGUCAAGAUGGACAAAUCGUCCAAGGGCAAACCUCGUGGAAGAGGCGGCGGAGGCAGAGGAGGAGCUAUUCGCAGUGGCCGAGGAGGAAACGUCGGCAGACGUCCUGCGCCUUACGCCAGACGAGGAGGAUUCGGUGGAGGAGGCUUCGGACGCCCUGCAGACGUAUUUGCGGAACCACCAACAGGCGGAUUUUACAUGCAUGAUGAUCGCACGGAUCCUGAGCCGGCGGCGCCCAAGGAGCUUUCCACUGCAGGUGUGAAGAUGCUCGUGUCAAACCUGGCCCCCGGAGUUACGGACCAGGAUUUGGAGGAGCUCUGUGAAGAACACGGUGGACCUGUGAAGAGCGCCGAGAUCUUUUACAAGAAAGAUGGAGCCUCAACUGGUCAGGGUGAAGUUGUCUUCAGACAGAGAGCACAUGCGGAGAAGGUGCUCAAGGGCCUUCAGGGAGUCCCGCUCGACGGUCUCCCUUUGAAGCUGGCGCUUGUUGGCGUCCCAGCUCAGGCCGCUACCUCGCAGCCCACAAUGGUGACCAUCACUGGCAUCGGCGCUCCCGCACGAGGAGGCUACGGAGGAGGGGGUUUCGGAGGAGGAGGCUUCGGUGGAGGAGGCUUCGGAGGAGGAGGAUUCAGGCCUAGACGUGGCGCCGCGCGUGGACGAGGAGGACGCGGAGGCGGUGGAGGCGGUGGAGGUGGUCGUGCUGCGCCCUCCAACGAAGAUCUGGACAAGGGAAUGGACUCCUACUUCCAGAAGUGAUAGCGCAGUCAUGCAGAGCAGAGGGAGGACAGAGGAGUUAGUUGAGCGCAGUCUGCCCCUCCUCUCCUCCCCUCUUGUUUUCCUUGGAUCACCAAGUGUGAGAUCUUGCAGAGGAUCGCUGACAAGUCUCUUUAAAAUCGAAUUGAGAU